AUGAUUGAGUUAGGACUGAGUCGCGUUUCGCGUCUUCUCCAACAGACCCCGCUCACAUGGAAGGCCAUCCACAUUGCGGGGACGAACGGCAAAGGCUCGAUCAGCUCCUAUCUCUCCCACCUGCUCUCAACUGAUGGCGUUCGGUGUGGCCGCUUUACCUCCCCGCACCUGAUCGACCGGUGGGACUGUAUUACAAUCGACGAACGAGUCGUCCAGGAAUCCCUCUUUCGACAGAUCGAAGACCAGGUUAAACAACGAGACCAAACAUUGGGGAUUGGAGCGUCCGAAUUCGAGCUCUUGACAGCAACAGCCUUUGAGAUAUUCAAUCAUGAGCGAGUUGAAGUGGGCGUUGUCGAGGUGGGCAUGGGCGGACGCCUAGAUGCUACAAAUAUACUGGGCAAUGUGCUGGUGUCGGUCAUUGCUAAGAUCGGAAUGGACCACCAAGCAUUUCUGGGCUCGACGAUUGAGGAGAUUGCCCAAGAAAAGGCCGGCAUCCUUAAAUCGGGAGUGCCUUGCGUCGUUGAUAAUACCAACGAGGCAGCCGUGCUGGGGGCCUUGUCAGCCCGCAUUGAAGAGCUCGGCAUCGAUGCAACAUUUGUCUCUCCGGACACGGCAGAGGAGCAGCUACCACCGCUUGCGCAGCUAUUCCAAAAGCUGGAUCUAGAGCGCCACCAGCAAGAAAACAUGUGCUGUGCCGUGACAGCAUUGCACCUUGCUUUACCUGCAAUCCGCCCUGGAGCAGACACCUUUUCCCUGCUCCCGCAUCUCGCCAACGUGAAGUGGCCUGGUCGCUUGGAAACCAUCAGUCUACAAUCUUUGGUUGGCCGUGAAGAACCUGCCCUCCUAGAUGGUGCCCAUAACCCCCAAUCGGCCGACGUUCUGGGAAAGUACGUUGACCGCAAACUCCGACCCCAGUCCGGAAGCGUGACUUGGGUGGUUGCAGCUUCAAGUGGAAAAGACUUGGCUGGAGUUUUUCGCUCCAUCAUCCGCCCUGGAGACAAUGUCGCAACGACUGAGUUUGGACCUGUGGAUGGGAUGCCUUGGGUGGCACCCACUAAUGCAGUGGAGCUGGCAUCGACCAUCCGCUCUAUCCCUGAGAUUGGUCAAGUGGACAGUUUUGAAGGAGAUCUCAUCCCGGCGCUUAAAUGGGCCAGCAAGGUAGCUCAGGGUGGACCACUUGUUAUUGCAGGCAGCUUGUACUUGAUUUCUGAUGUGCACCGAUUGCUUCGGAAAGCACAAAAAUGA